AUCGCGUCAUUCACUAUUUCAAUAUCCAACAAGAAUCAUUGUGUAGUCUCUACUACUUUAUUAAAAUGUCCGUGAAUUUAAAUAAUUAUAAUAAUUUUUAUAACAAAAUGACGUAUUAAAUAAAAAUUAUUUUUACUGCUGACACGACAAUAAGAUAAGAAGUUUUGUAAAUUUUUGUGUUUGGUCAAAAAGUUUGAACGGAAAAUUUGUGUUUACACAAAUUUGGGUAACUUGACAAAAAGACUGAUUUCAUAAAAGACAAUGAGUGCAGAGAUGCCGUCAACAAUAACAAAUUCACAACAAUUAAAUCGUCCAAAUACAUUAUUGACACAAUCAAAAUGUACAAACUGUGAUAAACAACAGAAAGCCCAAAAUGGUCGAAGUAGUUUAACAAAUUUAAAUACAAUUUUGGGUAAGCCACAAGUAUUAUUACAAUCAACGACACCGUCACCAGGAAAUGUCACAAAAAUACCCGUAUCAACAAAAUCAACGUCAUUGACACCAUCACCAGGCAUGCUCCGACGUUCAACUUCGUUACGCUUGCGCGGUGAUCGAUUUACCAGUAGCCACCACCAAUGCAGUACAACAAAUAUGAUUGGGGGUGGUUUGUUGUCAACUUCGCCGUCGUUGAAAGGACACCAACAUUAUCAUGUUUCGAACAGUCAUUCAUGUGGACUUGGUACUCAUAGACAUGAUUCACAACAAUUUCAUUCAACAAGUAAGAUAAAUUUAAACGGGGAAGGGGGUGGGGGUAAGGGCUCCGUAAAUUCGGGGCCCUUCACUACCUCCACGCAAUUUUUAAACACGGAACGAUCCCCAAAUCAUAGACAACGAACGAAUGCACCUAGUACCCCAUCGGCCACACGAAAAAGUCCAGGAAUUAAUAAGAGUCCAUUUAAAGAUAUUCAAGAAUCGCCAACGCGGCAACGAAGCCUUUCCUUGUCAUUGUCAACACAAACAGCCAGUCCACAUACGCCACCAGUAAGUCCUGAUCGUGGAUUCGAUCAAGAUGAUGAAGAUGAUUUGGAUUCGUUACACAGUUACAGCAGUAUUGCAAGCACAGCGUCAUGUGAUCACGCUUAUGUUGCCAGAAAUGGUACAACUUUCUCUGGGAGAAAAAUGAAAUAUGUAGUACAUUGUUCUUCACAUGCUGGACAAACAGGUGAUGAAUAUUUAACGCCAACACAACGUGCCCAACGUCAGAUCAGACGUUUAAAAUCGUUAUUACAACAGGCAAAAUUAGAUUUAGAACAAAAAGAUAGUGAUAUAUUUCGUUUAACAAAAGAAGUCGUAGAACUACGACUUUACAAAGCAUCAUUAAAUUCUCCAUCCGAUGAUAAAUCAAAUUCUUCGAGCGAAGUGGUGACCGUCUGUGAAAAUACACCAGAUGAUUCCCCAAAUCAACCUGUCAAUGAAACUGUUUCAAAUGAGACGAAAAUAUUAUUACAACAACAGUUGUCCGCUUCAAUUCAGUCCCAAACAGUUCCACCACCAGCAUUGUCCUCAACUUCGUCAGUGCCUACAGAGGAUACAAUGCAAACGUCAUGUACUACAGAUUCGGGACAUUUUGAUGAUUUGGUUGGGGCUUCACCAAGUCAUCAACUACGGGAUAAAGCUGUUGAAACUGAUGAAGAAAUUGAAGACAGAGACGAAGAACGUAAAAAAUUAAUUGAAUAUUAUGAAAAUAAAUUACAAGAAUUAACCCGUUUGCAUGGAGAUGAAACGCAAGAGCUCAAAAGACAACAUAACGAUCGCGUUGAAGCCCUACUAAAAACCUUGUCCGAAGUGAAUGAACGUUAUUGUCAAUUAAUGCCUGAUUAUGAGACGGCUAAAGAACGCAUACGUGACCUAGAAAAGCAAUUAGACGAUGUAGUUACACAAUUAAAAGAUAGUGAGGAAAAACAAAAGAAAAUCUAUCUCAAAUUGUACGCGGAUACAAAAGAUAGUAAAGAUGUUGCUGACGGUGGUGCGGUUGUUGCAAAUGGUGAUGUGACUCCUGGUGCUAGUACUUCAACAGCGCUUAGUCGUGUAUCUGUUGCCGAUUUAUUACAUCAAUUACAAGUGACACAGAUUGAAUUGGAUAAUAUUAAGGACGUGUGUCAAUCAGCCGAUCAACAUGCAACUAGUGCACAGACUUUGCUCAGUGCAAAGGAGGCUGUAUCAUUAUGGGUAUUAGGUGCCCGUAAGGCAAUGUAUCGACGUCUAGUGGAGGCACAAGGAAGUAAAACUGAUUUAGAUCCGGAAGUAACAUUACAGUUCCUAAAAUCAGCAAUUUAUUAUUUCUUAACUGAUAAGGAAAAUCAUCGUGGACAUUUACGUGCUAUAGAAAGUAUUUUAGGAUUUUCACAUGUGGAAAUUGCUAAUAUCAAUAAAGCGACAAACACGUCGUAAUAACCAAAGAAAAAUCAUCUAUAAAUUUCAAAUCUGAGAAGAUUUUCAACAAUAAAAUCUAAAUCGGUAUUACGCUCUUUGUAAUCGAUGAAAAUUUCCAUGAAGGAAAUUCUACUUAUUAAGGAAUGGAAAAUUGUUUUUGACUGAAUUAGUUUUCAAUUAAGAAAUCCUAAGAAUAAAAAAAAAAAAGGAUUAAGAAAUUCUUUUUGUAUUAUAAGAAAUUACGUAGAACUUUAAUCACUCUUCGCUCAUUCGGCGAGGCGAUAAAGUUUCGAGGUUAAAAAAAGAAUCUCUAAUACUAAAUUAUAAACAAAAUUCU